AUGCAUAUAAGUCAGCUAUACACAUACCCCAUUAAAUCGCUACGGGGGACAGCUCUUCCGGAAUCAGUGGUCACCCGAACGGGCUUCCAAUAUGACCGUCGCUUUAUGCUUCUCAAGGUCAUCCGAGGCGAGGAUGGGGCAGAUACCUUGGAAAACAUGCAUGUCUCUAACUUCCAUGAAAUGUCGCUCUUCCUCACCGACAUCGUGUUUCCCACUGAACACGAAGAUGGGACAAUUUUCGUGUCAUACCGACCGCCCGAGGCUGUGGAUAACCAAGACCCCCUGGUUAAGACAUUGAAGGUGCCACUACAGCCUAAUACGCGGGGUUUGGCCGAGCUAGAUAUCGAAAUGCAUAAAAGUCUGACUAAGGGGUACGAUAUGGGAAGCGCGUAUAAUGACUGGUUCAGCGAGCGCUUUGGGUAUCGAGUUGUGCUGGCGUAUUUGGGGCCUCACUCGAGGCAGGUUCUUGGAACCUUUGCGCCUAGUAAAAGCUCAGCACAUCGGAAAUCGUCGUCUUCUAUUCUGUCGAUGCGGACUCUGAUGGCUUUGGCCACGAUGACGCUGGUUCUGGCUGUUGUCGGUACGCCUGCUGUCUCGGGGGAUGCGGUUUUCUCUAUCGUAGCUACUGCGGGGACUCUUCUCGUGGCAGUGACUUUAUCAAUCAUGAAUCUUCAAGGCUGGCCAUCUUUCCUCUGGAGAAGAGAGGAGGAGGAGGAGGCUCUCACCUUCGCAGACACGGCGCCAUACCUUUUGGCGUCCAAAACCUCGCUAGAUAACGUGUCUGCACGGCUGACCGGUAUGGAAAUGGACAUAACCAAAUUCCGGCCGAACAUUGUCGUCUCGGGGGCUAAGACUGCCUUUGAGGAGGAUUUCUGGGCUGAAUUGACCAUCGGGGGAGAUAGGGUUCGUUUGCUUCUCACGGCCAACUGUAUCAGAUGCCAGAGUAUCAACAUCGAUUAUGCGACGGGGAAGAAGGGAACGGGGGAGGUUGGGAGUGUGUUUAAGAGGCUGAUGAAAGACCGAAGGGUCGAUAAGGGUGCCAGGUUUAGCCCUGUAUUUGGGCGGUAUACGUUCUUGGAUCCGAGUUCUGAUCAAGUCUCUAUCCGGGUUGGGGAUGAGGUGACGCUCUCGAGGACAAUAUCUGAGCGGACAACAUAUGAUUGGCCAGGCCUUGCGUAUUAA